GGGACAGUAACCGGUAUUAAGUAGUUUACUGCCGCUGGUGAAGGGCAGUGUUUGGGUUGCUCCUCCAGUCUCAGUAGGACGCUGUAACCUGAUCCUGGUCUUAGAUUGGAGAACGCGGCGGUAAAGAGGUGCAGGUAUGGUAAGGCUUUGCAGGACUUGGAACUACGGAGUGAACUGUGGUUUUACCCUAGAGAAGAUUAAACUGUACAAGUCCCAAGUGGGUUUACCCCACGUGUGUUUGGGUGUUUUGGUCUUGUCCAACGCGAGUAGUUCAGAGAAAGCAGAGUAGGGCUCCGGCUGGCACUGUGUAGAUUCUUAGAGCCCGGCUGUGAGUGGGACAAGCUCAUUUUGCACUCCUGCUCUUGUAGGUAAGGGCCACAGUGUAGAAGCCUGCAUAAGGGUAAUCGUCUGCAAUCAUCCGAAGUAGUUCUCUCAACAUUUUGCAUAUUACUUGCCUAGACUCGCACAGUUUAGCUGGUAAAAGAUUCAAACCCAGAUGAAUUUUUUACAAAUGACAUCCCUGUUUUACAACAUUACGCUCCAGCAUAACAGAGUUGGGGUAUUGUGCUUAAUCUUGAUUGUCAGCUUGAUUGGUUUGAAAGAUAUCUAGGAGAUUAGUAAAACACACGUCUGGAUGUGACUGUAGGGCCUGAGGGUGUGACCCUGGUGAAUAUUCCUGAUCCUUGCCCCUUUCUUGCCCCUUUCCCUGUUACUCUGCUGGAGCCAGCCAGCCAUGCGCUGAAACCUCUUAACACUGACCCAAAAUAAACCUUUUCUUCUUUAGGCUGUGUUUCUCAGGAAAGGUAACUAUUACAGGUAUACUUCCUUUUGAAAUUUGAGCAAUGAAUGCUGAGUACAUUUUGAUUUGUAGUCAUUUUGAGAGGAUCUCUUGUAUUUGUAGAUCUUCCCAUGAAGACUAUAAAUGAAUCUACAACUCUUGCUUGUCAGUUUUAGCCCAGGACCCCAGCAGCACUGGUUAGAAUUUCAGAAAUUCCAGACUGAGUUCAUAGAUGAUGUAGACCCAGAGACAGAGAAACAGAUUUGGAGUCUAACCUGAAGGCUCCAGCUUUAACAUGAACGAAUGUGAGAACUAAGAAAUGAACCUGUGUUUCUGAAUGUAGCCUUCUCAAGGAAGCGCAAGCUAGCUGGAGAUUUAGCUCAGUGGUUCUGUCACCUACCUGGAAAGCACAAGGUCCUGAGUUCGAUCACCAGUACCAAAAAAGAAAGCUCAACCUCAGCUGAAUGAGGCAGCUGCAUGCCUUAGGCGGCUGAGGCAGUUGUAUCAUUUGAGCCCAGAAGUUCAAAAUUAGCCUAAGCAAUUUAGUGAAAGCCCAUAAAGGAAGGAAGGAAGGAAGGAGAGAGAAAAGAGAAAUCUCAAUCUAAUUUCAGAUCUCUUAUACCAGCUUCGGAGUAGAGACAAGAGAAUCACAGGAAAAAAUAAUUUGGAUGUACAUACUAAGAUUCAGAGACCCAGGCUUUUAGUCUUUUUUAUUUAUUCAUUAUUUCCUUGGAAUUAAUUUAUACAAAGGAGAAAAGUCACUGGCUUAAAGUUUCAUAAAUUGGUGUUAGAGGGCAGAAAUGUAAAAUAUUUUUAAGCUCCACAUAUUCUUAAUCACAAAUACAACUGUAUACAUAUGAAACAUGGAUUUGCUAACUUGAUAGAAAUAUCUUUAUCCCACUAGGUGGCAUCUUCUGAGGCUGCAGUGUGGAUACUUCAGAUCUGCUAGAAUGUUAGUUUUGGUGUCCCAUGUCUUUCUGUUCUCCCUAUUUUUACUUUCAUAGGUUUCUGUUCAGGAACUGCCAAAAAUGAUCAACUUUCAGGAAUCAGUGACAUUUCAGGAUGUGGCUGUGGCCUUCACCCCAGAAGAGUGGCAGAUUCUUGACUGUGAUCAGAGGAUGAUGUAUUGGGAUGUGAUGUUGGACAAUUAUAGAAACCUCAUUUCAGUGGGGUCUCCAGUUACUAAACCAAAAGUGAUUCUCAAAGUGGAAGAAGGACAGGACCCAUGGCUGGAGGAGGAAGAGGAUCUCCAUUGGAGCUAUCCAGAAGCUGACUGUCUACUUGAUGAACCAGAGAAGCAUCAGGAAAGCAAAGACAAUUUUUUGAAGUCGGUUUUGUUCACGUUCAAUAGAAUUCUGACUAUGGAGAAACUCCACCAUUACAAUAGGAGCACACAUCUUAAUCCAACAAGAAAAAGAUCACAUAAAUGUAAAUCUUAUGGGAAGAAUUUGGAACCUAAUUUAGACUUACUUAAUUAUAGCAGAAGUUUUACUGGAGAAAACUCCUAUGAAUGCAGUGAAUGUGGGAAAGCCUUCAAAAAGAAGUUUCAUUUCAUUAGACAUGAAAAAAAUCAUACAAGAAAAAAGCCCUUAGAAUGUAGUGUCUGUGGGAAAGCUUAUAGUAGGAAGGUAUACCUUAUAGCUCAUCAGAAAAUGCAUAGUGGAGAAAGACCCUUUGUGUGCACUGAUUGUGGGAAAGCUUUUACACAGAAAUCCUACCUUGUGAACCACCAGAGACUUCACACUGGAGAAAAACCUUAUAGGUGCAGUCAGUGUGGGAAAACAUUCAUUUGGAGCUCCUCUUUUAAUCAACAUGUGAAAUCUCAUAUGCUUGCAAACCCGUUCAAAUGUAAGGAAUGUGGGAAGACCUUCAAGUAUAGUUCAUCCCUCUAUAAACAUUCUAGAAGUCACACAGGAGAGAAACCCUACCGAUGUGUCAUAUGUGGCAAGGCCUUUGGCAACACAUCUGUACUUGUUACCCAUCAAAGAAUUCAUACAGGAGAGAAACCUUAUGGAUGUAUUGAAUGUGGCAAAGCCUUCAUCAAGAAGUCUCAUCUCCUUAGACAUCGGGUAACUCAUACAGGAGAGAAGCCCUAUGAAUGUAACAUAUGCGGGAAGGCAUUUUCCCAGAAGUCAAACCUUAUUGUACAUCAGAAAAUGCAUAAUUUAUGAAUACAACAGCCUUAAAUAUUAGACAAAUCCUCUUAAAUAGGAGAGAACUCAUGGUGUGAAGCCUACUAUUUGAAUGCUGAAGAGUAGAGUCCCAUAAGAAAAAAGUAUCAGUGCAAAUCAUAUUUUCUGGAAGUGAUACAUUUUUUCAGAAAAAAAAUUACGAAAGAAUUGAACUACACAUAAUACCGCAUAGAGCUUGGAAAGUAAGCAUAAAUUAAAUAAUAAAGGAAUCCGUGAAAACUAGAUACCAUUCCUGGUUUUUAUAAUAAAUAAUUGCACAAGUGUGAGUGUAAAAUAAAUGCUUACCAUGUCAUUAAGUUAUUAAGAGUCUGGUGCCAUCUGUAGUCGCUACUGAGGUGGAAGAAUCACUGGGGUCCAUGAACUCAGAAUCAGCCUGGGAAACACAGUGAGACCCUGUCUCAAAAAAAGAAGCGAGAACCCAAAACAAACAAAAUAUUUUUAAAAAACAGUUUCUACAAGAAGAAAAUUACAAUUUCCCCGUCCUUCUAAUAAUAUCUGCAUAAUUGAGGCAGUGUGGUUUAAUAAGAAGUAUGAAUUUCAGUAAUAUUUUCAUCCAUUUGCUGGCAUAUUUUCCUCCUUGUACUGGUGAAUGAACCCAGGGCCUUUGGCAUUAAGUGUGUCCCAACUUUUAUUUAUCUAU